AUGGCCCCGGAGUCAAGCAGGGCUGCCAGCUACCACCCACCUGUAGUGGUAAACGGGGCGGCCCGAGCUCGCCCCCACACUGGGGCAGGGGGCCAACCUUAUCGCCUACAGAGACCACUGAGACUACAGAGAAAAAAAGCCUCUGAGAAAAAAGAAAAGUCCCAGAGAAACUUGGUCAGCAGAUUGUUUAAGGGUUCUAAACCCAACCCUCCCCAAAAUGACCUUAAAAAGGAGAACAGUGAGUUGGAAACGACUGAUUCUCAACCUGAAAAGAAAAUGGAGGCGGAGGCUGAGAUUACAACUAAAACUGAGACACCAAACAUCUCAGAAACAGAUUUAGAAUCCAACACAGCUAAGAUGGAACAAUUCCUGAAGAAGCUGGGAAAGAAGUCCAACAGUAGAAGCAUUGAUCUAAACAACUGUAGAUUGACAUCCACUGAUGCUGCUGAACUUGUUGCUUUAUUGCCUCUACUUCCAGACCUGGAAGAACUGGAUGUUUCCUGGAAUGACUUUAUAGGUGGAGCUCUCAAGCCCACCAUUUUGCAAAUUCAUCAUAUCAGCAAGUUAAAAAUCCUCCGAUUGAACAACUGUAGACUCACAACCGAUGAUGUCUUAGCAUUGGGGGAAAUCCUUAAAACUACCCCAGAUCUAGAAGAACUCAACUUAUCCUGGAACAGUAACGUGGGAGGAAACCUGAGCCAACUCCUCCAGGGAAUCCAGGAGGGGAGCAAGGUCCAAAUCCUAAAGUUGAUGGACUGUAACCUCACAGCAGAAGAUUCAGAAUCUAUAGGUCAGGUGUUACCCCGGAUGCAGAAUCUUGAAGUGUUUGAUCUUUCCAUAAAUAAAAACAUUGGCUGUAAUCUAAAUAGUAUUGUGCAAGGGCUGAAAAAUACUGCAUGCUUGAAAGUGUUAAAGUUACAUACCUGUGGAUUAACUCAAGACAGCAUCCAGAUUUUAGGCGCUGCUUUUGGCCAUUUGCCCGAGUUAAGGACAUUGGACCUGUCCAGCAACAAGGAGGUUGGGGGAGGGUUUAAAGACUGUGCCGCCCAUUUAGCUCAUCUGAAGUAUCUCCAAGUUUUGGACCUUCACCAGUGUUCCUUAUUGGAAGAAGAUAUAGCAUCUCUGACCCAGGUGAUCCCUUUACUGUCCAGUCUUCGGGAACUGGAUCUAUCGGCCAACAAGAAAGUGGGCAGCUCCUCUGAAAAUCUCCUCAGCAGGCUUCGGUUUUUGCCAGAGUUGGCAACUUUAAUCAUCAAUGGCUGUGCAUUAGGAAAGGAUGCAUUCACAGCUUUUGCUGAAGCCUCCAUGUACCUCCCUGCCCUGCAGACACUUGACCUUUCUUGGAAUAAAUAUGUUGGAGGAAACUUAAAUCUGCUUUUAGAAACUCUGAAGCUUUCAUCUGCCCUCCAAGUGCUAAGACUGAGAAGCUGCUCCUUGAUCUCUGAAGACAUGGCUCUCCUGGCAUCUGUUAUACAAACCGGCCAUCUAACCAAACUGCAACAGCUGGAUCUGAGUUACAACGACAGCAUUUCAGACGAAGGCUGGGCCAUAUUUAGCCAAAAUGUGCUGUUUUUAAAGGAACUGACCGAGCUGGAUAUCAGCCUCCGGCCAGCCAGCUUCCGGGAAUGCGGGCUGUGGUUUGGACACCUGCUAGAUGGCCUGACCAAACUGCCCAGGCUCUCUGAGCUGGGAAUCCAAAGGUGGAGGAUCUCAGCACCCCAUGAGGAAGACCUGGAGUAUUUCAACCGUGAUCACAAAAGAAGCAUCCACUUUGACUAUGGAGGAUUCCAGUGACUCCUGCUGUCCCAGGGCUUAAAAAAAGAAGCCUCCUCUAUUAUAAGAAUAAAUCACCGUUGUUUAUAUGGCCCUGGGGUUUAGGAAGCACUUUGUUCACGCUGACCCUGGGAGCGACAACAUGCAAGCCUUCUUCUGCCUGUUUACAGAUGGGGGCACUGAGGCUCAGAAGUUAAGUGGCCACAGAGCUAAUAAGAAGCAGAUUCAGAUGUCAGACCCGAGCCUCCUGAUUCCUGAUCUAGGGUCCUUCCCAGGGCUCAUACUACCCCUGCCUGUCCAUAAUGAAGGUGAGAUGAUGUCACUUCAACCAGGUUAGAAACAACUUUGGAACUUCUACAACUGGGCUUAAGGCCUGAGAAGAUGGAAUCUUUGAAGGAGCAGGAGAAAAGCGCACCGUGUGAUAAUGAUGAUAAAUAACAUAUAUACAUACACUCCGAAGUUUGC